GCGGCGCGGUGCGCGCGAGUUUAGCGCCGUUCGAUUUUCGAAAUAACGAUUUACGCGAUUCGAUUUCGAAGUUUAUCGAUUUUUCGUUUUUGUGAUUGUGAAUUGUACUUAUCCAGUUCUGUUACGUAACGGGUAAAUACUUCCUUCAACUACAACGUCGAUGAAGUCGAAAGUGAAAUCAAAGUGAAGUGAAAUUACACAGUGAUCAAAAAUGGUAAUGGAGUCGGUACAGCAAACCGGUCGGUUCUGGCCUCUCUCCCCUCGGCUAUGGAGGCGAAGCAACGAGUAUUCCAAAGUGGUUUUCGAGCCCCGAAGACCCCCUCUUUCCCCUAUCGAGGUCCGAAAACACGAAAGGGAUAUGACGCCAGAUUUGCUCAAGCGCAGCGUCAUAAAAGAUAGACUGGAUCACUUAAAUUUGGAAGGGAUCUACGAAUUCGAGAAACAAAAUCGAUGGAGCGUGGAUUCCAAGAAACCUCCGAUCAAAGAGAAGAGAAGUGAGGAGGUGGUCAAGUUGAGGGUUAAAAAGCAGAGGCAGCCGAGGCCCAACAGCCUCCAGUUGCUGUUAUGUCCCUCCAAUUCAGGGCACUAUAGCAGUAACACUUGGAGGUAUACCAGAGUCCGAUCCAAGAGCCAUGAGCCGGAGGGCGGCGGGCGGUGCGGGGAGGGGCCGCUAGCGCGCGCCAUGCAGCCCGCGCCGCCGGGCGGCUCGCCCAAGAGACACCCGGCCGCUGCCAGCGCCGCACAUGGAACACCAGCAGGCGACCAGUCCACCCUGAAGGUGCACCUGCCCAAUGGCGGGUUCAACGUGGUCCGGGCGUCGGCUGAUGAGGACGUCAGGUCGGUGCUCAGGCUGCUGGCAGCGCGGCUGGCUUCGGGCGACCGGGUCUACACGUCUUGCUACGCGCUGAGGGCCAGGAGACUUACCACGGGAAAAAUAAGAUGGAUCCACCAAGACACGCCGGUGUCGGAGCUGCUCACAAAAUGGCCGGCGAGCGAGUGGCGCCUAGAACUGCGCGUGCGCUACUUGCCGGCCAACCUGCGAGCGCUGUGCGACGCAGACCGCGUCACGUUCCACUACUACUACGACCAGGUUCGACAUGACUACCUCAACGCCAACCAUCCUAUGGUAGACCAGGAUUUGGCGAUACAAAUAUGUUGUUUAGAGAUUAAGUACUUCUGCAAAGACAUGCAGAUCUCGUUGGACAAGAAGUUCAACGUGGAGUACCUCGAGAAGGAGUUUGGACUACACAAGUUCCUGCCUAAGUCCGUGCUCGACGCCAUCAAGCCCAAAGUGCUGAAGAAAGCGAUACAGCAGCAGUUUAAAAAGGUUGCAAACAUGAGCGACAACGAAUGCAUGCUCAAGUAUUUGGAGACGAUGCACACGCAUUACGGCUACGACCGGGAGACUUUCACGGGCGCCCUGGGGACUGGCUGGGCGAUACCUGUCGAACUGGCCAUCGGGCCUGAUAUCGACAUAUCGUACGUGUCGCACAAAGCGGGUGAGCCUCCAACGUAUACCAAGAUAGCAUCAUUCAGCGAUAUAGUCGCAGUGCAGACACUCAAGUCGGCUUGCACGCAGCAGUCGCAGCAAACACAGACGCAGAGCGGAUCUUCUUGUGGCAAGGCAGCGUUACAGUUAAGGGUGAAAGGGGCGACGGAGACUUUGACAAUAACGUGCAGCAGUGUUGAGGCUGCAGAAAGCUUGGCGGAUUUAGUAGACGGAUACUGUAGACUAGUCACAGACUCGCAGACGUCUUUAUGGAACAGAACUACGGAAAUGAGCAGCAGUUCGUCUGAAGGCAAGACGAGCUCAUGGGAGGCGAACACGGCGACGCUUCUCUCGGAAGACUACGCGGAAAUCGUUGAUGACGAUGCAGACUACUCCACGCCUGCUGUUCGAGACUACGAGCUGGUCCGCAACCAGAUCGAACUAACCGGCAUCAUCGGCGAGGGCCAGUUUGGAGACGUACACAAAGGCACGUGUAAGGUGGCUUCUGCUAACCACCCAUCGCUGAGACGGCAACUGGCUACACUAAAACAACAAGGCAAAUGUAACGCAGGCGAAUACAUCCUGCCCGUGGCUGUGAAGACGUGCAAAAUGGACGCAGAUCUGGACACGGCUGAGAAGUUCCUAGAAGAGGCCUACAUAAUGCAGCAGUUCUCCCACCCACACAUCAUCGGGCUGGUGGGUGUGUGCAGCGCGCCGCCCAUCUGGAUCGUGAUGGAGCUGGCAACCCUGGGCGAGAUGCGCGCUUAUUUGCAGCAAAACGCGCACAGGCUGGAGACGUGUACGCUAGUGCUGUACAUCUACCAGCUGUCGACGGCGCUGAGCUAUCUGGAGAGCAAGAAGUUCGUGCACAGAGACAUCGCGGCCAGAAACGUGCUGGUGUCCACGCCCACUUGUGUCAAGUUGGCAGACUUCGGGCUAUCCAAGAUGGUAGAGGACAAGUCGUACUACAAGGCGUCGCGCGGCAAGCUGCCCAUCAAGUGGAUGGCACCCGAGUCCAUCAACUUUAGGAGAUUUACUUCCGCCUCUGACGUUUGGAUGUUUGGCGUCUGCAUGUGGGAAAUCCUGAUGCUUGGCGUGAAGCCCUUCAGCGGGGUGAAGAACAAUGACGUCAUCGGCAAGCUCGAGAACGGGGAGCGCCUCGCCCUCCCCCCGCGCUGCCCGCCGCGUCUUUAUUCCGUCAUGUCGCGCUGCUGGGCCUACGAGCCGUCCCAGCGGCCCACUGCCCACCAGCUAAAGGAGACCUUAUUCGACAUCCUGCACGAAGAACGCAACACAGCGUGGGACACGAUGCGACGCGAGAACAGACGCGUGGCGGCCGCGUCGUGGGGUGACGAGCCACCGCCCAAGCCCAGCCGCCCGCCUACUAACCUUACCGCUGCGGUGGACUCCACUUCAGUGCAAGCGGCCGGCGCUGCUCCUCAGACCUACAUCGUGGCUCAAAACCCUUUGGUCCUCGCACACCUCCUCCGAGAGAACCAAGCGCGGGCCCUCGAACCACAGGCCUACACCACCCCAGCCUCGAGUCCAGAAUUCGACACGGAGCAAGCCGUGGAGAGGCGACUGCUCGCCGAACUGGCGAGACAGCAACACCAGAGCGAAGAGGACAGACGAUGGCUUCAAAUGCAGGAAGACAAUCUGAAGCGGCUAUCAAACGUGCAAUUAGCUUCAGAGAUGGAAGCAAAUGAGCAGAAAGUGGAAGCGACGCCCGCGACCGAACCCAGGACUUCUAGUCAGCCGCAUUCUGCGGCAAAUUCAUUGGAAACAAGUCCAGCGAACACAGUGAAACCAAAAGAUAAACCUGUCGAAGAAAGCAAGGGCCGCGGCAACACUAGCGAUCCAGUAUACGCGGCGACCACAGCAGUGGUCCGCUGCGUGAUGCGGCUGGCAGCCGGCUCACAGGCGCCUGCCGCGCCGCACGAUACCUUGGCCGCUGUGAGAGCGGUAGGCGCGGACCUUAGGGCGCUGUGUGCCACUGUGGACUUACUGGUGGUGCCGUUCCCUCAGUCUGCACAGAGGGAGGUGGAGAUGGCGCACCAGGUGCUGAGCAAGGACAUGGCGGCGCUGGUGGAGGCCAUGCGCCUCGCGCUCACAUACGCCAACACCACGCUGCACCACGAGUACACCAAGAGCAUGCUAGCAGCAGCGCAUGUCCUAGCAAUGGACGCGAAGAACCUUCUCGACGUCGUAGACUGCAUCCGCGAACGGCACCCCACCAUCGACUGGCGCUCCGCCCUCGCGCCCGCGGCCGAAGACGCCGCCCACCAAGCAGUCCCCCAGAACCAAACGCUCACCUCGCAAAACCAAAUAUUCGCCACACAAAACCAAACGUUCAUCCCCCAAAACCCCCUCAGCACCCAAUCCUCUAUCCAAGACGACGAACCCCCGAAACCAGACUUCAAAAUUAACCAACCCGUCACCACUGGUCAACUCACCGAUCAUAUCCCCAAAGAACACAGCAGCCUCCCCGUAACUUCAAAUAGAGUCUCAGCUUUAAUCCACAACUACAACUUAUACGGAAACGUCAGGGAACCCCAACACAUAUAUGGCAACACCGAAGUGGGCGGGUCCUUCCAACACUCUGCGAGCGUCGACGAAACAAAAAUCGACAAUGCACCAAUGGAGUCCGUCAAAAGCAGAGUCCAAGCGAUAUCCGGCAAAAUCGACUCGCCCCCUAUAUACUCGGUCAGCAAGAAAAUGAUCCCGGUCGAACAGAUCGGCCACGCUGACCAGGGCUGAAUGUUGCCAGCUAUCAAAUUUAGUUCGCUUGUAGGAGCAAUUUUUUUUCACGGCACCUCCGCGGAGGUUCGAAGCUUUAAUGCUAUGACGUUAGAACGACUAGUACUUACUGGUAUAUGCUAGAACGACAGCAUUUAGUAAUACUUAAUUUUUGCCCCGCUUAUUUUACUUUACAAAAGUAGUCGCAGGCUUUUCUAAAAGACAACUCUAUAAUGCUCAAUAUUCUAAUAGCGAAUAGAUGUCAAAUUAAUUUAAGUCCUGAGCCAAAUAUUGUCUAUGCGUUUUAAUCAUAUCCAUCCAUGUAUCCAGUUUCAUUUAUUGAAUUAAGUAUAUCAAAAAUAUGUAGAAAUAUUGAAUUUAUUUAUCUCGAGAGAGUACCAAAUAUAUUAACGAAAAUCAGUAAUAAAAACAUAUGACUUCACAAGCAUUAUAUCGAUUGUGUUUUGUCGUUUUAGUCGUAAUAUCUAUUGACAUAUCAUCGGCAUUGUUGUGCUUCAAAUUAAUAUUGUCAUGUUGCCUACUAUCUCAAAUAUUAUUCAACAUAUUUACAAUAUUAUUUCUUCAUAUUGAACCAAUUGACACAAGUACCUACAUACUGUUAAACAUUUUUGAGUUUAUUUGAAAAUUCUAAAACUAUAACUAGGUACUACGGACCGUGAACCGGUGGAUAAUAUUGAUUUGUGAUAUUAUUGCCAAUAAAUUUACAUAAUUCGUAUAAAAUAGCUUGCAGUACAGAUGAGAGCACAUUCCUUGAAUAAUUCGCACCGUAAAAAGUAAGUUGUAAUUAUUUUCAUACAAAUUUUAUAUUUUUGGUGUAAUGCAGUUUUUAUACUGAACCAUUACUGGUAUGUAUAAGUAUAACAUGAAUUCUUCCAUAAAACAAUAAUUAUGAUUAAAUAUACUUUUGAAAUUAAUUAUAAAGUAUUAAUUUUGUAGUCUAAAUUGUAUUAUUACAAUGUACAUUUUAGUUAAGGUGCAUAUACAUACAGUCACAACUUGUAACUUGCAUUUAGUUUCUUCUACAUUCUUGUUAGAUGUUCAGCUGGUUUUGAAACGAUUUUCUUUGUAAAAAUGUACAAAUCAAAUCAAUUGUCCAUAAUUAUUUAAUUUUUAUCCAAAGUUUUAUUAUAAGCUUAGAUCUCAAAAGGAAUUUUUAGAGUAAUUCUUAUACUCGAGUUGCAGGUGACAGAUUUGACCGACUUAUUUCUUACAGUUUCUUCUUUUCUAUUAGAUUUUUCUAAUCACUUCUCUGUUAACUUGAUCUGGCACUAUUUCUUAUGAACAAAGUCAAUUUGUACGCUAAGUGCGUCGUCAAAUCGGCCAUCUGCUUCGCUUCGUUUUGAUUAGUGUAUUAAUGAAUUCAGAAUUUAUUUAUUAACUUUGGUUUGUAAAGUUGUGUUUCCUAUAUUAGUGUUAGCAGGAUGUCAUUCCAAAGUACGGUAAUAUAAGUUUCGCGUAGUCCACGUAUCGUAGUGAGCCGAUAUACUGAUUGGAUAGACCGGAUUCUGUUUAUGUAUAACUGAAUAAAGGACAGGUCAAACAUUA